UCUCCUCCACUUCCAUCGGUCAAUUCAUUUCCCUCCCCAAUUCACUUCUUCUUCUCAAAUCAAAACCCCAUUUCAUUUCAAAUCCCUAAUUCACAAAUGGAUCCCCAAAUUGAAAAUGGAAAUCCCUAGAUCGGAGAGGAACCAGCAGCGCUGCACCUUAUCCUUCGCCGUCCGCCAAUCGCUGCUCUGGUCGACGCCUCCCUGCGCCACCGCCGUCGCCUUUGCGCCUUGUCGCCGCUGGUGUCGCGCCGUCGGAAAAGGAGAGGAGGCAUCGUCUCUCUCUCUCUCUACGCACACGGCUCUGCUCCGCCAGCACCGUCCGACUCUCCGUCGAGCUGCGGUUCCGUCUGCCUCUCUCUCAGCCGGUUUCACGCCGCCGCCUUCAGCUCCUCCGGCCUUGGCUGCUCACGGUAAGCGUCGGCUACCUUGUGUAGGCCUAGUUGACCUCGUCGCCGAAGUCCAGCCGCACACAUCUUACACACAUCUUCGCCCGUGGCUGCUCCGUCGAGGAUCCCGUCCUCCUGAGCCAUUUCUAGCCCUCGGACAGCAGCUAAGUCCUUACCAUUCUCUCUUAUUUUUUUUAAAUUCUAGCUAGCAUUUGGGAUUAUAGCUAUUCACCAAUUAUGGAAGCAAAGUUUGAGGGCAAGAUGUGAUUUUUAGUUUUGUUUGGGGUUGCUCUUGCUUGGUAGCUUACAUCCUAAGUUGUGGUACGUAUUACUACUAUUGCCUGAAUAUUAUCAAGAUGUGCUUGCUAUUAUAUUAUGCUUGCUGAGGCAGGAGAUCUUAAUUUAAGCUAUAACCUGUGUUCUCAUGUGAAACCUUAGCAUAAUGUGCUUAAAAAUUUUCUCAUACUUUACCCUUUUGUGUUUUGAGGUUUCCAAACAUUGGUGUAGAAAAAAAUGAAGCUCCUCUUGCUUCGUCUCUUUACUCACUUGCUCUCUUUCAGAAAAAGCUCACUCUCGUUUUCUUUUCUUUGAUUGUGUAUGGGUGAUAUGAAGCUGAUUUGAGUAUGUGUGCGUGAGUACAUAUAUAGAUGAAAGGGAGUCUACAUGUUAUUGGGAUAUUAGCAGAAAAUCAAAUCUGCAACUCUGUCUCUCUGUACUCGUGGGAAAUAAAUGGGAUCCCUCUUUUGGUUUUUGCUGACUUUUGUUGGUCCUUCACUGCUCCUUCCAUUAAAAUAAUUGUCACUUAGGAGUCGUUUGGUUGUAAGGUUUCAGCUAGAUUAUAAUCUUUAUCUGCAAUAUACUCAUUGUUUGGUUACUUGAGCAACAUUGUUCAUGGCCGGUUUUUAACUUCUGAGGCCCGCACUAUUCAUGUAAUAUUCGACUGGUUGGAAUCGGGAUUUUUUCGGCAGUUUAUUAGCUGACAUCGAACGGCGUGUCUGUUUAACACUCUUUUUCCCCAAUUGUCCAUCCCCAUUUCAAAUCGAAUUUGAAAUCUUCGCAGCUCAAAUUGAAAAACCCCUUUUUGAAAACGGGAAGAAAGUGCUACUCCUCACCACCCGGAGACGGGAGCCAAUGCACAAAGGUCUGAUUUAGUCUGCUCAAGGGAAGCAGCCCAGAGCUAAAGCCUCGUAGCAGACGAAAUUGGUAAUCCUUAGUAGUAGUCGGCGGUAUUUUGUAGGUGACAGUGGAAUCGAUUUAGCUCGUAGAAGUAGCCUGAUUUGUUUGCUAGUAUUACCAACUGUGGUUAUGGCUCGACAAUUUCAUUUUUCUAAAGUCGUUUACCUCAUGGUGGAAGGUGUAUUGCAUCUCUUACAUAUGCACACGCUUAUCCUGUUGCACUUAUAUCUGAAAAGACACCCACGAUGCGGCCGACGUACUAGGCAUAAUCUAAUUAGGUAUUCACACAGAGAUAGGAUGCCCCAACAGGUGAGACACAUGAAUAGACUCACUAAAAUUAGUGACAUAGACUGUUUUGUGAACCUACGUAUGGAUAGGAAUGCAUUUGGUCGUUUAUGUAUCCUGUUGAGAGACAUGGGUGGGCUGCGAAAUGGUAGAUAUGUCUUACUAGAGGAACAAGUAGCUAUUUUUCUAAACAUCCUAGCACACCACAAGAAAAUUCGUCCAGCUGGGUUUCAUUUUAAGCGGUCCGGGGAAACAAUAUCGCAUUAUGUUCAUCUUGUGCUGAAAGCAGUUCUCAGACUUCAUACCAUUCUUUUGCCCCAACCUGAUCCAGUAACGAAUACGUGUGUUGAUAAUCGGUGGAAACAUUUUAAGGGUUGUAUUGGCGCAUUGGAUGGGACCUACAUAAAUGUCCUUGUAAGUAACACGGAUAAGCCAUGCUAUCGAUCUCGCAAGGGGCAAAUCGCAACUAACACUCUUGCUGCCUGCGACCGCAACAUGAGAUUCAUGUAUUUUCUACCCGGGUGGGAGGGAUCUGCCGGCGAUUCUCGAGUGCUAAGGGAUGCCAUUACAAGAGACCGGGGAUUGAGGGUGCCCAAAGGAAAUUACUACCUAUGCGAUAAUGGAUACGCCAAUUGUGAAGGAUUCUUGACGCCGUUCAAAAAUGUUCGUUAUCAUUUGAAGGAAUGGGGAGUCGGUAACCAAAGACCCCAAAAUGCUCGUGAAUUGUUUAAUUUAAGGCACAGCAAGGCCCGUAAUAUUAUCGAGUGAGCUUUUGCUGUCCUAAAAAUGAGAUGGGGAAUUUUGUGAAGUGCUAGCUUCUAUCCGAUCAAGAUCCAAAUACGGAUAAUAAUGGCUUGCUUUUUACUGCACAAUUAUAUUCGUGGUGAGAUGACCAACGACCCAAUAGAGGAACAAAUUGCGGGUGACACACAACUUGGUGUUGUAGAAGAUGCUGAUGGUGAAAUUGAAUAUGUUAAUCAAGUUGAGACAUCUGCUGCUUGGACUCAAAUGAGAGAAGAUUUGGCUAACUCUAUGUGGAACAAUCCUUCUAAUGUCGAGGACAACAACCGACAGUGACAUGAUACCCGAGUGUGUUUGCGGUGUUGGGAAGAUGAAGUUGUUGUGUGCCGGGAAAGAAGCCAAACACUGCGGUAGAUGGUUUUACAAGUGUCCGACUAAUGCAAACCACUCGGGGUCUUUCUUGUGGUGUGACGAUUAUCAUAGUAGGAUUGGAGACGGCAAGCUACCAGCCUAUGUCUUGAACCAAACUUGGCGCCCUGCAAAAACAGUACGCAACAAGGAGGAAGAUAAGAAUAAAAGGAGAUCUGGCAGCGGUCAUGUAUGUGGAGCUUGUGGCCGAUGCCAAGCUGAAAUUAGAAUGAACUUUGUGUUGGUUGUCAUAGGUUUUGUGUUGUUAUUGUUGGGGAUUGUGUUAGGGAAACUAUUCUAGUUUGCAUUUGAGCUUAUUUUCAAGUUUGAACUUUAAUCAACCUUCACUCCAUGAACUUAUUAGUCGUAUUUUAUGUAGCUGACUUCCCUGAACUUAUUAGUAACAACUCAUGCCUUUUUGAGCUAGUAUUUUUGGAUUAGUAUUUGUUUCAAA